CAACACCUGAAGCUACAAAUAGGACAGCUGCGCCUAGGUAGGCCCAGAAUUCACGACAGAUGCCAUAAGAAACAUCAGAAUUUUCUGGAGGCCUUCCCACCAAACUGUACCGUAGGAAAAAACUUGACGUGAGUAGCCCGAGAGAGAUAAUAGUAAAUUAUGGACAUCCCCUUUCCAGGCGGACCUUUAGAUGACACAACAGGAACCGGUUUGUUCCGCCCUUGUGUUGGCCCUGAAACCAACUCAACGACUGCGGUGAUUCUGCCCAGGCAGUGUGCUGACAACACCCUGUGCGUCAGGAACUUCUUUUUCUUCUUCGCUUCCUUAUCAUACCAAGUAUGCCUAUGUCCGAUGACCACAGUCCCAACAUCACCUCCAGGGUCAGGGUGCACUCCAAUCCAAGGCAGUGCAUGUACGUCAAAUGUGGAUUGUUCUUUUCGUCCGUACGACUGUGUUGGGUUAACUAACUGGAAUAUAGAUACCACCCUCAAGGACUUUCUAACGCCGUUGGUGUUCUAUAUCUGCAGUAACACCAUUGAGUUCCGGGUAGUGAUACCCAAUUAUGCGUGUGUUGCCAACGUGUGUGUCUUUGUUGGGUUGUCGUCGGGUAUUCCCACUGGCAUCCCCGGAGUCCCCGGCUUUGGAAGGAAGAAGAGAGAUUUGGACGAUUUGCGUCGUAACCAGGACGCGGGCGACGUGGACCCCACUAAAGUGUGGCUGAGAGCACUGGAGACUUCGGGACAAGAAGCGCUUAGCGUUCAAGGGGAAGAGUCCAAAUCAGACGCAAAACUUGAAGUCAAGCAGACAAGUGUAUCUGUGUCGACGGGCUCGGGUUCCAACGAAGAGUGCGUUACGUCGUCCAUGAUGAAUAUAUUUACUGAGCUCAUAGUAGGAAACUAUCCCAUGUUUCAGUUACAGUGUACGACACCCCUGCCAUAACGUAGUGCGACUGGACAAAGUCUUUAAAAAUGAAAUAAUUAAAACAAGUGCAAUAUACAGAAAUAAAAAGGCAGACAGAUAUAUAAACAGAUUAGCGAAGGGGUGUGGGGGGAGGGGGUCAGAGUCACCUAAACACCUUUCUUUCUGUAUCGUACAUAGAGAUACAUUUUAGAUGUUGGGAAUACCAAAAAAGGAGAUACAAAAAAUCUACUUUCGUGUGCAUUCUACAACCUUAACCCCUAACACUGUCGGUCCUGUGCCAAAUUUGUCAAUUCUCCCCCCUCCUCC